GGCUCAGUGGGCCGGGAGCACGGCCGUGACGCCGCUCUAUCCGCGCAUCUUCGUUCUCGCCAAGAGAGCCUCGAUCCUGUGAACAGCUUGUGUCCGCGCAAUGGCCUUGGGUUUGGCGGACGGCCUCUUUUUUCUGGUCGCCCUGGGGUGUCCCGCGGCGGUGAUCGUGGGGAUGCUGGGGCCCGUGCAGGGCGGCGGCAUGAAGUUGGACACGGCCUUCACCUGGCAUCCCAUUCUGAUGUCCAUCGCCUUCUCUUGCUUCAUGGUGCUGGGUCGCUGGGCCUAUGUCACUGACUCCCUGGGCGACAAGGCCAAGCAGCGCCCCGUGCACCGAGCUCUGAUGGUGCUAGCGGCCCUCUUUGCCAUCGGAGGCUACGUGGCCAUCUUCCUGGCCCACCGGAAGAUCCCGUCCUUCUUCGGGUACAACUUCAAGACCCACAAGCGCCUCGCUGG